ACUCCAUCCCCCUCUUUCAACUCCUCCUUCUGCUCCCUCACUACCGCUAUUUCCAACAGCUGAUUUCCAGAUCGCGCAGAGAGGAACACGGCGAGAGAUUUGGGGUUUUGGACCCUUGGCAGGAGAAGGAUUUACCGCGAGUGGAGAAUGCAGGAAAAGCGCUGCGAUCCUCCAGCGGCCGACAUGAAGAACUGAGCUCCGCCGCCGCCGCUGCCAUCAGCUCCGAGAGGAUGGCUUUCCAUGGAUCCACUCGGCCGACAGUGUGUGGUAACUUGUUCCCAGCAUCAGAGUUAGGCCACAAGUAUUUUUGUGUCAACGCCACGGCCGGCACUACCUCAACGGGCCUCGGUGCAACACCAAAUCCGACUGGGCCCAACGCGCCUGCUGGAACACCCAGACACCCGGCGUCUCUCGGGGGCAGCGCUGGCGGAGGAGCGGCCAUCCCGCAACCUCACAGUAAUCCAGCUAGUGAGGUGCCAAGUCCUGCUGAAAUGGAGCCUGAUCGACCUAUCGGUUACGGCGCGUUUGGAGUGGUCUGGUCUGUGACGGACCCUCGGGAUGGACGUAAGGUGGCUCUGAAGAAAAUGCCCAAUGUCUUCCAGAACCUGGUCUCCUGCAAACGUGUGUUCAGGGAACUCCGGAUGCUGUGUUUCUUUAAACAUGACAACGUGCUUUCUGCCCUUGACAUUCUCCAACCUCCACAAAUCGACUGCUUUGAGGAGAUAUACGUGAUCACUGAGCUCAUGCAGAGUGACCUACAUAAAGUCAUCGUUUCCCCUCAGCCUCUCACUACCGAUCACAUCAAGGUGUUCCUCUACCAGAUACUCAGGGGACUGAAGUACCUGCACUCAGCAGGCAUUCUCCACAGAGACAUCAAACCAGGGAACCUGCUGGUCAACAGCAACUGCCUGCUUAAGAUCUGUGACUUUGGCCUGGCACGUGUGGAGGAGCCAGAUCCUUCUCGUCACAUGACCCAGGAGGUGGUGACGCAGUAUUACCGUGCUCCAGAGGUGCUGAUGGGAUGCCAGCAUUACACCUCAUCUAUAGAUGUCUGGUCUGUUGGCUGCAUCUUUGCCGAGCUGCUGGGUCGACGGAUUCUCUUCCAGGCUCAGAGUCCCAUACAGCAGUUGGAUCUGAUAACUGAUCUCCUCGGGACUCCUCCUCUUUCUGCCAUGACGUCUGCAUGUGAAGGAGCUCGAGCGCACAUUCUCAGAGGGCCCCACAAACCACCCUCAUUGUCUGUUCUGUACAUGCUGUCAGAUGGGGCAACACAUGAAGCCGUUCAUCUUUUGUGCCGAAUGCUAGUUUUUGAUCCAGCCAAGCGCAUCUCCGGCAGUGACGCUCUGUCUCACCCGUAUCUGGACGAGGGUCGUCUGCGCUACCACACUUGCAUGUGCAAGUGCUGUUACUCUGUGCCCAGCGGGAGGGUUUACACCCGAGACUUUGAGCCUCCUGCGGAUCGGCCGUUCAGCCACAACUAUGAGCAGAGCAUGCACUCCGUCUGGCAGGGCAAAGAGCUCAUCCAUCGUUUUAUAACAGAGCACCAGCAAGGCAAACGAGUGCCUUUGUGCAUCAAUCCCCAGAGUGCAGCCUUUAAAACCUUCAUCAGAUCCACAGCCUGGCAUUCCUCAAAGGUAUCAAGGAAAGAGGAGAGAUGAGUGAUGAGGUGGAUUCUGGGAAGUGUGGAUCAUAGGAGCGAGCUUGCAUUGGAGAUGAUCGAAGAUGUUCUUGAUGGAUCACACACCGCUUUUCGAACGAAGUCUCAGCACUCACCGUAUUUGGGGGGUGGGGGGGUUAACACAUUUUUCCAGUUCCACACAACACUUAAACAAAAAAAGAGCUUGAGAUGCUGCUGAGAACACUUUUAUACAGAAUGUGUGCGAUUGAGGAUUAUGGGAAAUCGUUUUUUCCAUAGGAAAAAGAAAAAAAGAAUCUCAUGGAUUGUUGAAUUUUGAGCCAACAUCAGUGUUGUGCAAUACAGAUUUCUGGAAUAAUGCAAAUAUGACAAGACUGCGCUGACCAGCAUCAGGAUCAGUGCCCACAAGCCCACAGCAUCGCCCCCGCGGCCAUCUUUAUCCUCCAAACUCUGUCCAUAGACUUUUAUCACUGUGUUCCUUUUUGCGGGUUCCUUAUUCUUAGAAAUUCUGCUAACCAAAAGUACUUCAAGUCUUCUUAUUUUGUUACUACUUCCUCAUUCUUUCUGUUCAAUAUCGCUCGCAUUUCUUUAUUUUCAGUGUUUCUUCUCAAUGAAGCAUCCUGCGCAAGUCAUGCUGUAUUCGAAGGCUGUAUAGGUAUGACGUCCAUAUUUGUUUUGAAACAUCUUCCCAAAAGGUCCCGUCCCCUAUCAGGACCAAACCAGAUUGACGUCAGUAUCCUGCGUUCUGAUUGGGUGAGGCAGAGAAGAUAGAUGGAACCUUUAUUUAUUUUCUCUUCUUUAAUUUAUUGUCAUCUUGUCCAGCUUGUUCGGUGUUGUGUUAGGCGGACCAGAGUGAGAUACCUGGUCUGGCUUGUUUUUAUUUUUAUUUUAUUUUAUUAGCUGUGCAGUUUAGGGAAUGUGCAGUGUUGUACCUUUUUCGGAUAUUUCAUUACCUCAGCCGGCCCUCAGAGCUGGUGUAUAUAUAGAGACUCAACCCAAUCGUUUAUCAGAAAUGUACUGUAAUGCAUUCGAAUGACGUCAGGUGUGCGUGCGUGUGUGUGUGUGGAGCUGGACCGCAAUCAGUCAUUUUAGUUUUCCUUCAGAUCGAGGAAUUAUUGGGACGGUGAUGCUGCUGUUUGUGUAAUACCUCCGAAACCUCCCCGACUUAUUUGUAAAAGUAAACACGUCUACGACUCAGGUUUCAUAUUACUUCAAUAUGGACUGAAGACGUGGGUUUAGACAGAUACACUGUAUAUAAGCAGUCGACGGUGCUGUCCUGGUUGAAAAAGUGUGGUACUGUAAAUGUUUGCUUCCUACCACCAGGUGGCAGCAUAAGCGCAAGGCAAGAUUGGCUAUAUCAAGGCAGUUCCUCAUCAAUAAUGUCUCUCAAUGCAUGUGAGUAUGGACUUCACUUGGAUUUGCAAUUGCAGUGCAUUGAGUUUUAUUUUAGAAACUUUUUAUAUGUGCUGUUGCUAUUUAUGUUUAUGAUAGGAACACGUUUGGUUCUUUUUAGGGCUUAUGUUUUCAUGUAUUGUGACCAAUUUAUUUAGUUUUUUAUUUUUUGGUGUUUUUAAGACCACUUUUGCUAUUGUGUUGGUAGAAAAACUAGCAAAAUAGUGACACCGGAAUGAAGAUCAGUGGGUUGGUAUAGUCAUUUUUUGUGUCUUACCGACUGCCAAGCAGAAAGUGAACUUUUUAAGUAAAUGGUGAAUUUCCUUUUAGUCGUAAGAUAAUAGAUGUUAGACAUUUUUAAGAUGAAACUGAAAACUUGAUAUUCGUGUUAAUGACUAUUAUGGCUUUGGAAAAAAAAUGAUUGAACAGUUGUUUUAAGAUGGUUAUUUUUUUCCUUGUUAUAUGUUGUUUUAGAUUUUUUUUUCUUAUUAUUUUGUCUUUGCAUUUUAGAAGAAAAAAAGUUUUGGAAUUUUGUGUUCCCAACAAAUACUUGAAGUUUUUAAGAAAAAAGAGAGAGAGAGAGAGGUGCAUUAGGGUAAAAUAGACAUUAAAGAAACAGACACUGGAAA